AUGCAGUCGGUGCAAGUGUUGGGUCCACGCUGGUCGCUUAAGGAGCUACGUACGUUCUAUAUCUUACUUAAAACACAUGGUCAAGAGUGGGAUAAACUAGAAGAGCAUCUCCCACAGCGUUCAAGUGCCAUGGUGCGUGCAUUAUUUGCAAUGCAUCGUGGCUAUUUGUCACUACCGGAAGCGUCCAUUGAGGGAUUUUGUGCCAUUAUGAUGGACCAUUACGAAAUGCAAGAUAAACCGACGAUGAUUUUAGCCAAUAAGAAUGAAGCAAAGAAGACAAUACUAGCCAAUCAGAAUGAAGCAAACAGAGACACGGACAUAAAACAAGAGGAAGAACCUGCUGCGAGGAACAAAAAAAGGCGACGACUCGAUCAAAUGAUGACAUUUCAAAAUCAAAAGUCCAAAAUUUAUCAGAAGCACAUGGUAAAAAUAACAAUAACGAGAAGAAAGCGGAAAAGUACCAGUCCUCUUAAGUUACGAAAUGGGUUACAAGAUGAUGAUGAAACUGGACUGGCAAAAGUGUAUGGCAAAACGAGAUUUUAUCUACCAUGGAGUCAUUGGUUUUACUCUUAUAUCGACAAUGACUUUUUUCAUCAUAAUGAGUUUAUGGAAUGUCUUAGUCGGAUGGGACUGGAAAAAAUGACGGUAGCUGCACGUCCGAUCUGGUCAUCGGUACGGGCAUCCAUGGGUCGUCCACGACGUCUCAGUCGUUUGUUUUUUACUCAAGAAAAGGAUAAACUCGAAACGUAUCGAGUUGCAAAACGUCAAUUGGUAAGGAAUAACAAAAGAGAAGUUGGAACGAUGAACGGAACGUGGCCGUAUCGAUCUAGUCCUCCAUUGCAGCCGGGGAUGCCGGUUGUAGUUCGGGUGGAGUCAGAGCGUCGCUUUCGAUUUGCUACUGUUGCUGCUUUUUGCUCGACUAAAGGUACGUGUCACGUGUCUUUCGGUGGCAAUGUUUCGCCAUCGGACGUGACAGAGUGCAAUUUGGAUAAUCUGAUGGUUUUGGCCAUCCCGCCAAAGCCAGGGAAAAGUGAAGCCAGCUUUGUAGAGCCAAAGCAAUCUGCUACCACGCUACUACGACGCGAGAAUGGGAUUGUUGGAGGUGCUCCGAUACUCGUAACACCAGAAGCAACAGAUUCCAUCGGUGCGCGACACCAAGACGAAAAAAUCCGAGCUAUACUGGCAGUAAAAAGCUUACUACAUCGCAAGGAGAAAAUCAUUUUAUCAUUGGCAAAUUUAAACGAACGCGCUGCUGAACAGCAAAUGCACGCGCUGAAAUUCAGCUUGUCGACAACCCCUACGACAACGUCGUCAGCAGCCGUAAAGGAUCCCGCGUGGACCAAUUCGCGUGAAAGGCGUCAAUUGCAGAAGCAGCACUCUUGGCUCGCUGCAAAUCUGAGUGCCACAAAUAAGCAUUUGAAGACUGCAUUGCUAACCCUCCAGUCGUUUUCGGCAAAUUAUUCUUCUGAAGCGGAGAUGUCCGACACAAGUCUGGCGUAUCCCUCCGAGUCGCUGAAGUGGGAUAACAUGAUGCCAUCAGAGACAUUGACCGAGGGUCAAAUUCGUUGGGCCAUGGAUUUUCUGGCCGCAAGUCAGCGAAGAUCGGCUGUUGUGGUUGCGGAGUCAGCAUUGCAGGUCGUCAAAGAUGACAAGAAAUUGUCAAGUUUGAGCUCCUCACUCACCGACACUCGUCUAGGAAAUUUGCUGCCAGAGACGAUGGAGCUCGUUGUCAAUUGCGUCACGUUAAUGAGCAUUCUCCACCGGCAUGUUGCUGCUUCACCAAACGUGCCUCCUGUUGUCACACAGAAGCUCGUAGAGCGUGUGCUUGAAUUGCUUAAACCCUCCCACGAAGCCAAUAUGGAUCUUUACGCUGAGCUUCAUGCAGCCGCGGAUGUUGCACAAGCUCAGAUGGUGCUGCAGGCGUCAACGAGUGAGACCGACUAA